AUGGACUCUCAUCUGAAUGCAUCUGAGAAACAACCAGAUCUGAUCAGUAGUAACGAUGACGAAACUCCGAAUCAUCUUGAGCGAAUCCCCACGAUUGAGCAGAACAACUAUCACGGCCUCACUCCCAAAUGCAUCAUUGUCUAUCUUGCUGUGCUUUUCGUUGGAUUUGCACAAAUGAUGGUUAUUGUGACUUCAGGACUCCUAACCCGAAGUAUGGUUGCCGAUAUUGGCGGCCAGUCUAAAUCGCAAUGGAUGUCGCAAACAGUCCCAAUCAUCAAUCUCGCACUUGGUUCUCCGGUUGCUCAAGCUGCCGACUACUGGGGCCGCAAAUGGCCUAUGUUCGUUUCAUGUGUUCUGGCUAUCGUUGGCUGUGUAAUAGUCUCGCGCGCUACCAAUAUCGAGACUGCACUGGCAGGAAAUGUGCUAGCAAGUAGCUCCACUGGAACUCAGCCACUUCUCUUCGCAAUUGCCUCGGAGAUUCUACCAAGACGAUUUCGUCCCGCAGCUCAAGGAGGUCUCACUGGUAUCUUUGCUAUUGGCGCAAUUGUCGCACUUCUCAUGGGGUCUGCCGUCACUAAUCAUAGUAUUGACGGUUGGCGCAUCGUCUGGUACUUCACGACUGGACUAUUUGCCUUUGCAGGAGCCGCUUUCCUCUUUUUAUACAACCCACCAUCACGCUUCGAACAGGUCAAUUUCACACUAAGUCAAAAACUGAAGAGGUUGGACUGGGUCGGCAUUAUUGUGCUCCCCGUAUCAGUCACGGUUUUUGUUAUUGGCCUCACCUGGUCUGACAAUCCGUACAGUUGGAAAAAUGGUCACGUUCUCGGCCCAUUCAUUGUUGGCAUCGUUCUUCUCUUAGCACUUGUUGGGUAUGAGGCAUUUGUCAAGAAAGACGGUUUGUUCAACCACAAGUUGUUCAGACAUGAUCGAAAUUUUUCUAUCGCACUAUUCCUAAUAUUCGUUGAGGGGAUGGCGUUUUUUGUGGCAAACACCUUCCUUCCGCUGGAAGUCUCUGUUCUUUACAGCACGAAUCCAAUCAUGGUGGGCUUCAACUUCAGCAUUGUCUUCAUCUGCGCCACUGUCAGCACAAUUCUGGCUUCUAUCUACUGCUCUUGGAGCAGAUCACUCAGAUGGCCUGUGGUCAUGUCUUAUUCUGGUUUUGUGCUGUUCUAUGGUAGGUACACCCCUAAAAAUUGCCAGAGAAUCACUGACAAAAUCCAAGUGACUAUGUUGACGCUGCGUUUGGGUGACUCCAAGAAUGUUUAUGGAUAUCCCGUGUUUCUGGGUCUAGGACUAGGUGGUUGUCUGACGCUUGUUGUCGUCGCUGCCCAGUUCAGCGCACCUCCUGAGCUUCUUGCGAUUGGUAGCGGAGCACUCAUCACUGCCCGAUCAUUUGGUGCUGCUAUCUGCCUCCCAAUUGCGAACGCCAUCUUCUCUUCGCAAAUAUCCAAGAAUCUGCCACAUGAAAUCGCCGAAGCAGUGCUACCAUUGGGAGUGAGUCCCGAGAACCUAGGUCUAUUCAUACAAGCCUUGAGUGGUCAUGACAGUGCUGUACUUGGGGCUAUUCCUGGGGUCACACCACAGAUCAUUGGAGCUGGCGCGCAUGCCUUACAACAUGCAUACCUGCUAUCACUGCGCCCUGUCCAUGCAUUUGGUCUGGCAGUCUCUGCUAUAGCUGUGAUUGGCAAGUACUAG